AUGAAUUAAAAUUAUAAUUAUUUUAUUAGCAGCAUUUUUGGUUUUUAAUUAUAAUAGAAACAAGAGAUCAAAUAUAUAAUAACAAGGUUUUUUAUAUGUAACUAAAAAAUAAUGUUAAUUUUUAUUGUUAGAAAUGUUACGUCAAAUUUGAAAAUGCUAUUUAUGAAGAGAAUCGUUUAUUUUAACAAAUUUUUCUAAAUUAAGGUAGUAUCCUAAAGAAAAAGAAUUUUAUAUAUUACGGAUUCUCGAAGACCCUAGUUUUGCAGCUAUGAAAUAUUCAUUUAAAUUGACAAGACUAUUCAAAGUAAUUGAGGUAAGACUUAUUUUAUGAGUUUGAGAAUAAAUUGUAAAUAUUUUACAGGAUUACCUAAUCAAUGAAUUCGCUCAUAUUAUAUAUAUUGAUAUCCCAUUUGAAACUAGAUUCAAUCAUUCAACAAAAAAACUUGUUUUAAAUAAAGUUAAGAAACAACAAACCAUUUUUAUUUUUUAUUGA